AAAGUUGUCAAACCGAUGUCAAAUGCACAGAUACGAAGAAAACAAACAGAAACAUUUUCGUAAGAAAAUAAUUGUAACUCUACUGAUUGCCUGGAAUUGUUUAACACCCUAAAAAUGGUUGAAGAAUCUAGUAUGAAUUCUAAUAAACCUAAGACGAAAACCACCCGUCCUAAAGCUGUAUACUUAUGGACAGAAGCAGACGUUCAAAAAUGGCUCCGCCGUCACUGUAGCGAUUACUAUAACCUUUAUUGGGAGAGGUUUCAUGAGCACGAUAUAACAGGGCGCGCCCUUAUCAGGAUCAAUGACAACACGCUGCUCCGUAUGGGCAUCACCAACAGAGAGCAUAGAGAUGCAUUAUGGCGCGAGAUCCUAAAGCUUAGGUUAAAGACUGACAUUAUGGAAAUCCGCGAUCUGGAGCGACGACACAACUACUUUAACUACGACUUGUGACAGGAGGCGCUGGUCUCCAGCUCAACGGUCUGCCAACGAUGUGCCCUAGCCUUCAAGCGGCUAUUCAACAGAAACACAAGUGGAUACAGUGCAAUUGGACACCUACUUCGUGCCUUAAUAAUUA